UGCGAGAGAGAGAGAGGAGAGGACCCUCGCUCGGCCCAAUCGAACGACGACAGAGGUGCGAAUGGCCGCCGCCUGGGUGGCAUCGAAUCCUUCCUCCUCACUACCGUCAUCGUCGCGCUCGCACUCUUGCAGACCGUCCUGACUUCGUAGCUGCGACUGCGGGUUUGAACCUCGCAAGAUGCGGCGCCGCCUCGUCCAUCCUCUCCUCAUCGCGGCGUCUUCGUUGCUGCUGCUGCUGCUGCUGCUGCUGCAGAGUGCGUACGCUCAGCAGCCAGUAUCGACCGACUACAUCACCGUCACCAAUCCGGCAUCCUCAUCUUCGUCGGCAAUAGGAGCGUCAACGCCGUCCGGGUCGUUGAAUGAUGGAUCGGUGGCCAGGCAGUCGACGACGCCAGCCUCCAACACUCCUGGUGCUACUGGCACUCCAGUCGGCGAUGCAAUGACGGCCGUACCUACCCUCGACCUAGCUUCCUCAUCUAUGGUGCCUUACGUGCUACAGAGACCAGCGCCAUCAUCCAAGUCGGUGCGAACUACGCGGCCUCGAGUGCAGACGUACUUCACAGGCUGUACAGACGAUGAUGUCAACCUCGUAGCAGCCGACCAACGCAUCAACAUCUCGGCCGUGUACACUCAGUUCGACAACACCUCCAAUGCCCGCCACCUUGGCGACCAAUACCCGUACACUGAGGGCGUCCUUCGAAUCGUGGGCGUAGGCGCAGUCGACUCGCUGUCCUACGGUGCAGCAAACGGCACAUUCAGUGCGGUCCAAGUGCAAUCGCGCUUCUUGACUUUCAACAUCUUCUCCAACUAUACAUAUCUAUGCGACGAGCUCUACCCCACGGGGCCGGACAGCGUCAAUAAUCUGACCAGUCAUGCGAGCUGCACGUAUGGACCGGGGACGGUCGCCUUUGGCGUGGAUGUGCCCCUCAACUCGACGUAUCCGAUGGGAACGAUCUGGACGAGGGUGAUGCUCGUUGACGCUUCGACGCCGCCGCAAGCUAUUGCGUGCAUUCAGGUGCCCGUCUCGAGAUACGACGAGGAGCGGUGGUACUGGUCAUUCUUCUUGUGGCUCCCCAUCGCCCUGUUUAUCGGCUUCUUCGUCACUGUCUCAAUGGCUCGCGCGCUCACAGCCGCAACGAUGAGGGCGAGAGCCUUCAAAAACCGCGCUCGAGAGGGCAAGGCGCCCUCGUUCCUGCGCGACCACCUCAAUCCAGUCAUCCUCUCUGCGCUCAGCGGACAAGGCAUGGUCCUCUCUCCCGCCUUGCUGCGCUACUCGACGCCCGGAUGCUGGGAGAUUCUCUUCCAGCUCCAAUUCAUCGCAGCCAUCGCCAUGAUGUCGGUGCGCUGGCCCGACUUUAGCUAUCCCUUCUUCGCGCAGGCCUCGUGGGCCUCGCUCGUUGGCAAUGUCACCAUCAUCGAGCGUACGGUGACCAACGCCCUCGCAACCAAUGCCUCUCUCCCCACGGGCGACGUAGGCAGCCAGUUUGGCAACGUUAGCUCGCCGCUCUACCUCAACUCCUCGGCCCCACAAUCCCUCAUCAACCUCAAUGGCUCCUUCACCGGCAUACCCGCCUUUGCCCACAUGAUUGGGCUGGGCGCAGAGGACCUCUUCGGGACAUGUCUCGCCAUCUGGCUGUUGAUCAUUGCCGUCUUCGUUGUCGUCGCCGUCGCCGGAUGGAUCAUCGACUCCAUCGCCGUGACCGCCUCCAAGAUCAAGCAAAAUCGCGAGGAUGGCGGCAUCGAGUACCACUCGCCCAACAUCAAGGCGCACGCGCAACGCAGCCAACGUAGCCCUCAGUUGCACUUUGCUGCCCUGCACGGCAACAUCGUUCGCGCCCUCGCCAUGUUCCAUCUACCCAUCACAAUCUUCUCCGUCUACUCCUUUGCCAACGCUGCGGAUCACUCGACCAAGACUGUCGCUCUGGGAAUCGUCUCCUUUGUCAUCAUCUCGGUGUGCUUGCCCAUCUGGCUCCUCUUCCGCAUCGGGUCCAGUCCGACACGCAAGCUCUACGACGACAUCGAGACGCUACUCGCCCUCGGACCGGUAUACAACAUCUACUCGCCGGGAAGUCAGAUGUUCUGGGCCGUCAGCUUUGCGUACUCGCUCAUUGUGGGGCUGGUUGUGGGGGCUGGUUAUCGCUCUGGGUCAGCGCAGGCCAUCGUGCUGCUGGUCAUCGAGCUGCUCCUGGCUCUCGCCACAAAUCUUUGGCUGCCCUGGGGAGAGGGAGCCAUGAUGGGGCCCAUCUCCUUCAUGACGUCGGUGUUGCGCGUCCUCACCGCUGUCCUGGUCAUCCUCCUCACGCCCAUCGUCGGGUUCAGCACGCAGGCCGUCUCCUGGGUGACGUACGUGGUCCUCGUCCUGCAAGGCAUCUUCUUCGCGGGCGCGACGAUCAUUUUCGCUUUCAAGCUUCUCGAGGCAUUUGUCAGGCUCGUGGCGCGCGUGCCGUACGAUGAGGGCGUCAAUGCUCGCUCUGGCGGUACGGGUGGUGCGCUUCGCCAGAUCAGAAGGAGGAGGGACAAGGUGCUGCGCCUCAACGAUCCGACCAGUCGAAAGCACAAGCGCGGGGGUUCAAGCUCGUCGAGCAUCAUGCUUGCGGACGCGCCGCGUACUCGUCCCUCGUCCUAUGUCGGCACUCCCGGGUCCACGACCAAGGGCUUGGGCGGCGGAACGCCAGGAGCUAUCGCCUUGACUCGCUCUCGCCACGCCUCCUUCGCCAGCUACCUCGACUACGGUAAUGCCGCUCCAUCCGUCAUGUCCCCGCAAAACGGCGUCUACUCGCCCUUCUACGACGACCACGAUGACGCUGGCGGGAUCAUGACGGCCAUGCCCCCCACCACGGCCGGAAAGACUGCCGCGGGACCGGGCUCAGCAUUCGCUCAGCAGGGCUUCCACCGUGUCGGUGGCGGUCGUGCGACGGACAACGAUCCGUAUUCGACGAGCUCGACGGCCUUUGCUGCUCAAUUCGCCCACCCCUCGCCGCAAGGAGCAGGGACGAAGCGACAAGGCCCUCACGCUCACCUCGAGGACGAUGACGAUGAUGACGAUCCGUGGGCGGGGACGUGGGGAACGUCGACGCUCAGCACGCAGCAUGGACCGUGGAACGGAGUCGUCAAGAUGCAGGCGGCGCUCGCUGCGAUGCGAGAGAGGCUGACGGGGCAGCGCUCCAACACGAUGAAGUCGAGGCGCCGUCACGAUGUCGCUGCUGAGGAGGAGGAGCAGGACGAGGAUCCCGUCGUUCCUGGCAGCGGUGGGUUCGAGGUGAUCAGGAAGGCUCGACCUGGCGGGCAGGCGCAGCAGCAGCAGCAGCGGCAGACGCCGCAUCAACGCGAGCCGUCGUGGAAGGACCACAACGACGAGCCCAUGGGUUCGACGGCCAUGGCUGCUGCCACGUCGCUUUCGAGACCCAACUCGAUGCACGGUAUCCGCUCCGAGGCUCCCACAGCAUCUCGCACCGUGCUGGCCUCAUCAACAGAUACCGCCCCGCGUCCACGCUCCCCUCCCACCUCGAGCAUCUCUGCCGCCCCACCCAUGCUAGAGCUACGCCACCUCACAGGCAGCAGCUCGACGGACUCGGCCAAGCCUGUCCAACCAUCAUCCAACGCAUCACGCCCGACCUCUCUCCAGUCCUCCUCCGCACUCGGCAUCCUCUCCGCAGACAUGCAACGCGCCGCCUCCCUGCGCGGGCAUGAUGACGCAGAGGAGGACGCCCGUAGGCGCCGUAAUGCGGACGAGGACCGAUUCUGGCUUCCCCCCAACCGCGGUGGGAAUGGUGCUGGCGGGGAGGGGGUGAUACAUGCGCAUCAUGCUCAGCCAGUGCGUCACGAGGGGGCGGAAAGGCGGCCCCGUAGUGGGGAGGAGGAGGGUGGUGAGUGGGACGUCAUGGGGAUGGGUAGCCCGAGGGCGCGACCCAUGAGCGCAAAGGUGGAAAUGAUGGAGCAGUAGGCGCGGCGCUCCCCCCCUUCCCCCCUCUCGGCUUGCUUCACGCGACACGAUCAAACGGACAACAUGGCUAUCUCUUGCACACACACACUCUCUUCUCGGUAUCAUCCCUCUCGGUCGCCUCUGGACCACUUGUAGCACAACCAACUCUCACCUCUCGCUCUCUUCUACUCUAUUCUCGCGCCGCGCCGCGCCGCACCGCACCGCGCUGCCAUGUUCUAUUCUUGCUUCUCGUAGUCAUCUCAAUGUGAUCUUAUGAAUCCC